AUGGGAACUAAAAAAAAUGAACCAAAUAAAAAGGAUACAAAAAAAAAAAACAUAAAAUAUGAAAUAAAUAAUACUGUAAACGAUAUAAAAUAUGUUAGAGAAAUUGAUCCUUUGCUAAAUGAAGAUGAUUCUGAAAAUGUGUUUCUAAAUAAUAAUAAUAUAAACAUAAAUACUUUAAAAAAUGAAAUAGUUAAGAAUGAAUUAGAUAACAAUAAUAAUAUUGAUGAUGUGUCACUUGGAUUGAUAAAAGAUAAAUCUAUAAAAAACCGUGAAAAUGAAUUUCAAAAAAAAAAAUAUGAUUAUAUUUUAUCGCCAGAAAGAGCAGAUCCCUUUGAAGAAAAAUCCCCAUCUCCUGGGGAAAGAACAUACACAGAUAUUAUGCUUGAUAUUAAUAAAAAAAAUAUAAAAAAUAAAAUUUUAAAUAAUAAUAAAAAAGAAAAUAAUGCUGUAAGUACAUCUGAUAUUCAUAGUCAUCAAGAAGAAAAGAAAAAAAUGAAAUUGGGAAAUGAAAAUGGAGAUGGAAUAAAAAGUAAAUGGGAUUUUAUAAAUGAAAAUCAAGAUAUUGUUGAUUUUGGAAAUAUGGCAACACCUGCUCCAAAUAAAUGGACUGAAACUCCUUUUAUUCUAAAUGAUGGGAAUAUAAAAAAUAAAAAAAAAAAAAUGUCAAGAUGGGACAAAACAGUGGAAAAUAGUAGUAAUAAUAAUAUUGGAGAUAGUAAAAUAAUUAAUUCAGAUAUUAAUAAUCUUAAAACUCCAAUUAUAUCAGGAAAUAAAUAUAAUGAAAAUAUGAUAAUAAAUACACCAAUUUUGGGAACUAAUGUUAUGACGCCCAUAACACCAUAUUCAGGUUCUAUACAAAAUAAUGAUUAUAUAAAAUUUAAAAUAAAAAAUGAAAUGGAUUUUAGAAAUAGACCAUUAACAGAUGAAGAUUUAGAUAAUUUGUUACCUUCAGAAGGAUAUGAAAUAGUUAAACCCCCAGAAGAAUAUGAAACUAUUAGAAAAAAUAAAUUAAAAAUAUUAUUUAAAAAUAUGAAAGAUACAACAACAACACCUUUAAUUCAAGGGAAUACAAAUAUAAUUUUAAAUUCAGGACAAAGUACAUUGGAUAUUGUUGAUAAUACAUUUAUUGACGAGAAUGGGAAAAGCACAUUUAUGAGUCAUACACCUUUUUAUAAUUUACCAAAUGCUGAUAAUACUUUAAAAGAAGAAGAUGAAAAAAUUUUGAGAGAACAAAAUAAAAUAAUGGAAAUCACAAAUCCACAACUUUUAAAUGAACUAAAAUAUAUUGAAAUAAAAAAUGAAGAUUAUAUUUAUUUUAAUAAAUUAUUUCAAAAUUAUAAUGAAGAUGAUUUAUCACAAGAUGAAAUAAAAGAAAGAAAAAUUAUGUUAUUACUUUUAAAAAUAAAAAAUGGUACACCUUCAAUUAGAAGAAAUGCAUUAAGAACAAUAACAGAUAAAGUAAAAGAAUUAGGGCCUGAAAAUUUGUUUAAUUUAAUAUUACCUAUGAUGAUGCAAAACACUUUAGAGGAUCAAGAAAGACAUCUGUUAGUUAAAGUUAUAGAUAGAAUAUUAUUUAAAUUAGAUGAUUUAGUUAGACCAUAUGUUCAUAAAAUUCUAGUUGUUAUAGAACCUCUACUUAUAGAUGAAGAUUAUUAUGCGAGAGUUGAGGGCCGAGAAAUAAUUAGUAAUUUAGCAAAAGCUGCAGGUUUAGCAACUAUGAUAGGUAUUAUGAGACCCGAUAUUGACCAUCCAGAUGAAUAUGUAAGGAAUACAACUGCCCGAGCAUUUGCUGUUGUUGCAUCUGCAUUAGGUAUCCCAUCUUUAAUAUUAUUUCUAAAAGCAGUUUGUCAAUCCAAAAAAAGUUGGGAAGCAAGGCAUACCGGUAUAAAAAUUGUGCAACAAAUGGCAAUAUUAACAGGAUGUGCAAUAUUACCACAUUUAAAACAAUUGGUAAAUAUUAUUGCACAUGGAUUACAUGAUGAACAUCAAAAAAUUCGAACCAUAACUGCAUUAGCUUUAGCUGCUUUAGCAGAAGCAGCAACGCCAUAUGGUAUUGAAGCAUUUGAUCCUGUUCUUCGACCAUUAUGGAAAGGAAUUACAGAAUAUCGGGGAAAAUGUUUAGCAUCUUUUUUAAAAGCAAUAGGACUUAUUAUACCAUUAAUGGAUGGAUAUCAUGCAAAUUAUUAUACAAAAGAAGUUAUGAUUAUAUUAAUAAAUGAAUUUAAUUCUCCAGAUGAAGAAAUGAAAAAAAUAGUUUUAAAAUGUGUUAAACAAUGUAUUCAAACAGAAGGCAUAGAAAAAGAUUAUAUAAAUCAAGAAAUUGUAAAUCCAUUUUUUGAACAGUUUUGGAUUAUAAGAAAUAGUAAUGAUAAAAAAAAUUUUAAUUUGAUUGUUGAUACAACAGUUGAAAUUGCAAAUAAAAUUGGGGGAGCAGUUGUUAUAGCCAAAAUAGUAGAUGAUUUAAAAGAUCCAUCAGAAUCUUAUAGAAAAAUGGUUAUGCAAACAAUACAAAAUAUAAUUAACAAUUUAGGAGUUGAUGAUAUAGAUCAAAAAUUAGAAGAACAAUUAAUUGAUGGAAUUUUAUAUUCUUUUCAAGAACAAACAUCAGACGAUUAUUAUGUUUUAUUAAAUGCAUUUGAUGUUAUUGUAAAUAAAUUAAAAUUACGAAUGAAGCCAUACUUACCACAAAUUGCUGGUAUAAUAAGAUGGAGACUUAAUACUCCAUUACCAAAAGUAAGACAACAAAGUGCUGAACUUAUAGCUCGCAUUUCUAAACUAAUUAAAAUAUGUGAUGAACAACAAAUGCUUGGUCAUUUAGCUUUAUAUCUAUAUGAAUAUUUAGGAGAAGAAUAUCCAGAGGUUUUAGGAAAUAUUUUAAAAGCCUUAAAAUCUAUUGUAAUAGUAUUAGGAGUAAAUAAUAUGACACCUCCAAUUAAAGAUUUGUUACCAAGAAUUACACCAAUUUUAAAAAAUAGACAUGAAAAAGUUCAAGAAAAUGUUAUCGAUUUAAUUGGAAUUAUUGCAGAUAAAGGAGGGGAUAUGGUUUCCCCAAAAGAAUGGGAUAGAAUAUGCUUUGAUUUAAUAGAACUUUUAAAAUCAAAUAAAAAAUUAAUUAGAAGAGCUACAAUACAAACAUUUGGAUAUAUAGCACGCACUAUUGGGCCGUUUGAAGUCUUAACAGUAUUAUUAAAUAAUUUAAGAGUUCAAGAAAGGCAAUUAAGAGUAUGUACUACAGUUGCUAUAGCAAUUGUUGCUGAUACUUGUUUACCAUAUUCUGUUUUAGCAGCCCUUAUGAAUGAAUAUAAAACACAAGAUCUUAAUGUACAAAAUGGUGUGUUAAAGGCCUUAUCUUUUAUGUUUGAAUAUAUUGGAGAAAUCGCAAAAGAUUAUGUUUAUUCUGUUGUAUCAUUGUUAGAACAUGCAUUAACAGAUAGAGAUUUAGUUCAUAGACAAAUAGCUACAUGGGCAUGUAAGCAUUUAGCUUUAGGGUGUUUUGGACUUAACCGUGAAGAUGCUUUGAUACAUUUGUUAAAUCAUGUUUGGCCAAAUAUUUUUGAAACAUCGCCACAUCUAAUACAAGCUGUUAUAGAUUCUAUAGAUGGUUUUAGAGUUGCUCUUGGUCCAGCUAUUAUAUUUCAAUACUUAGUGCAAGGUAUUUUUCACCCUUCAAAAAAAGUUAGAGAAAUUUAUUGGAAAAUUUAUAAUAAUGUUUAUAUUGGGCAUCAGGAUAGCCUUGUCCCGAUAUAUCCUCCGUUUGAAACGAUUGGAGAUAGUAACUUUGCUCGGGAUGAAUUACGUUAUGUUUUAUAA